AUGGUCGAUAUAUUUAAGUCGGCCAUUGAUGCAGCAUUUGGUGCUGGAUCAACAGCUCGUAUAACAAAUAAUAUAGGAUUUGGUGGUGGAGCAUUAGGACUAGGAAGCGGAGGUGUUAAAAGUGACUUCACUGGACAAAUUGUUGAUGUUGGAAAUAUACGAUUAAGAGUUGGAAAUCAAAUAGCGGAAGGUGGUUAUGCGUUAGUAUUUAUUGCUUAUGAUGUAAAAACAAAUAAAGAAUAUGCAUUAAAAAGAUUAUAUGCUGCGGAUGAUAGUGCAAAAAAAGUUAUUGCACAAGAAAUAACAUUUCUUCAAAAAUUAAAUGGAGAUCAACAUAUAGUUCCGUAUAUAGCAGCUGCAUCAAGUCAAGAUACAACAUUACGUCGAACGGAAUAUCUUCUUGUAACGGAAUAUUGUGCAGGUGGUCGAUUAUAUGAAAGAGUUGUACAUCGUUCAAAACCAUUAGAAGUUGAACAAGUUAUACAAAUAUUUUAUCAAAUAUGUCGUGCAGUUAAACAUAUGCAUGAACAAGAACCUCCUAUAAUACAUCGAGACUUAAAAGUUGAAAAUUGCCUUUUAACAUCAGCAGGUUUUAUUCAGUUAUGUGAUUUUGGUUCAGCAACAACUAAAGUUUAUUUACCUGAUGAAACAUGGACAGUUAAAAAACGAGAUUAUGUAGAAGAUGAAAUGACUAAAGUAACAACACCGAUGUAUAGAGCACCGGAAAUGUUAGAUACAUAUAAUAAUCAUCCAAUUAAUGAACAAGUGGAUAUUUGGGCACUUGGUUGUCUUUUAUAUUAUCUAUGUUUUAUCAAUCAUCCAUUUGAAGAUUCAGCUAAAUUAAGAAUUCUUAAUGCUAAAUAUACAAUACCAGCUAAUAAUACAAGAUAUACUGUGCUUCAUGAUCUUAUACGUACAUUAUUGCAAAUCGAUCCUCGUCAACGACCAACAAUUCAUACACUUGUUGAAAAUAUUGAAGAUUUAGCUAUUGGAAAUGAUGUUGGUCUUAAUGAACCACUUCUUUUUCUUUUUAAUCCUAAUGAAACAUUUUCUUCAACGAGUCCUUCUAAUCCUGCUGCUGCGGCUGCUGCUCCCGGCGGUGGCGGAAAUACACCAACUAUUCCACCGAGAGCAGCACCAGCUGGUGGAAGUAGUUCAUCAUUUAGCGCUGGUGUUAGUAGUUAUAUUCCAUCAUCAAUAAAAGGUAUAAAUACAUCGGGAAAAUCAUGGAUGAAAAAUAUAUUAGACACAUCAUCAAAAGUCAUUACUGAAGGUGUUCAACAAGUUAAACAAACUUUAGCAACAAAUGUACCAACAACUUUAACAGCAGGAACUUCACCUGGUUCUGGUCAUCAUUUUGAAGUUGAUCUUAGUUAUAUUUCAACAAAAGUAAUCGUAAUGUCUACACCCCGCGAUAAUCCAUCUGAAAUAUCGGGUCGUCAAUCAGCUGAAUUAAUUCGUGAUUUACUUGAUACGAAACACUCACAAUCAUAUAUGUUAUUUUCACUUGAUCAACAACAUCGUAAUCAUCCAACAUACCGCAAAGAAAUAUUUCAUAAUAAAGUUAUUGAUUUACCACUAGCUGAUGAAAAACAUUCACCACGUUUAAUUGAUGUAUUAUGUUUUUGUCAAAAAGUUAGUUCAUUUCUGCUUGAAUCACCAUCAAAUACAGCUGUUAUUCAUUGUGCUGAUGGAAGAAAUCAAAUAGCAUUUGCAGCAUGUUCAUUAAUUGCAUAUCAUGGAAUAUUUCAACAAGUUGAUCAUAUUGUUCGAUAUUAUGAAGCACGUCGUUGUGCACAUCCUUUAUUAACAAUGUCACAAAAAAGAUAUAUCCAAUAUCUAUGUGAUUUAUCAUUUGGUACUAUUGAAAGACCACAUUUUACUGAAUUAGUUAUCAAAACAAUUAAUUUAUCACCUGUACCAUUAUUUAAUCGAGAAAGAAACGGUUGUCGUCCAUAUAUUGAUGUUUUUAAUCAAGAUAAUAAAAAGAUUUUUUCAACAUAUCAAGAUCCAAAUAAACUUCGAGUAUUUACGGCAACAGAUGGUGUUUGUCUUAUUCCAAUUAAUAUUCCAUUUAAUGGUGAUCUUACAAUUCAUGUAUUACAUGCGCCAGUUGGAUUAUCAUUUCAAGCACAUGAUGGUGGUAUUCAAAUAUGUCAAUUAACAAUUAAUUCAAAUUUUUGUUCUUUAAAUCAUUCCGAAUUGUCUUAUUCAAGAUAUGAACUGGAUGGUAUUGAACAUACGGAAAAAUAUCCUCCGUCAUUUCGUGUGACACUUGAUACAACACCAUCAAAGAAACCAGCAUCAAAUGAACAAGACAUUCUUUCUAAACUAUUAGAUACUACACUUAAAAAACCGCAAUGUUUAUUUAAAGAUGAAAUUGAAUUUCGUCAGACUAUUGAAGAAUAUGAAAAACGAUAUAAAAUUACAAGUGGUGAUGGUUAUCAUUAUCGUGGAACUUAUACAUCUGAAUCUUCAUCAACUAUGCAAUCCAAUAACCUUAAUAUUAGUCAACCAGUUACCAAUGUUAGCAAUCCAUCUUCACCUCAAAUCAAUCGUCGUGCAUCUCCAACACCACAAACAAAUAUAGUCACUAAUCCAUUUCUAGAACAGCAAAAUGAAUCAAAUCCUCCUCCAUUCAAACAAGAAUUACAAACGAAUGAUGACAUAGCAGUCGGUACUCUUCUUGAUAUAAUGGGUGAUGAUACAACAAAUCAUUUUCCAUCACAACCAACUUUAUUAACAAGUGCACAGAAUGAUUUAUUUAAUUUACAUAUGGAUACUCCAUCAAAUUUUUCUGUACCACCACCACAACUACCAUCACAAUCUAUAAAAACAACAGAUUUACUUGGUGUAGAUUUUAAUUCAAUGCCAUUAGAUAAACCAAUAUUACAUCGAAAUGCAUCAGAAACAGUAUUACCAGUACCUAUUCAAGCAAUAAAUAUUCAUAAAACUGAAACAAAAUCUUCUUCAAAUCAAAAUAUUAAUCGUUUAGAUCCAUUUAAAGAUUUAUUUGCAACAUCAACAGCAACACCAACACAAAAAACAUCAAGUAAUGAAAGUCUUGCUGCAAAACAAGCUGCUGCUGCAACAAAAUUGCAUAAUACACCACCAACAUCAACAACAUCAAUUCCAAAUUAUAAUAUUAAUAUAGCAAAUAGACCUAAUCCAACACCAACACCACCACCACCCCAACAACAGCAACAAUCAAAUCCAAUGAAACCCAAUCCACCACCACCAUCACAAACAACAACAUCGACAUCAGCUCGUCCUCAAGCAUCAAAACUUGAUUUUGAUACAUUAGUUCAACAACAAGCUGGAAUGUCGGAUUUUGGUUCUAAAGCACGACAAGGUACAGCAGCUAUUGGUGAUAUUCGUAAAGCUGAAUUAGCUAAAGAUCUUGAUCCAGAUGUUCUUAGAGUUCGAGAAUGGACUGAAGGAAAAAAGAGAAAUAUUCGAGCAUUAUUAUGUUCAUUAACAAAUGUAACAUGGCCUGAAUGUACAUGGGGUGGAUGUCAUAUGCAUGAUUUAUUAACACCUGAUCAAGUUAAAAAAGUUUAUCGAAAAGCAGUACUUCAUAUUCAUCCGGAUAAACUUCGUGGUGAUCCAAAUGAACCCCUAGCAAAAUUAAUCUUUGUUGAACUUAAUGAAGCAUGGUCUCAAUUUGAACAGGAAACAAAUUAA